CCAGGGAUCGAUGAAAUCAAACAAUAUGGCUGCGUCCAUGGAUGUAAACCUUCAAAUGGAUCAGUACCAUGCCCAUCACCCUCAUGUCUCUGGCGGUUCACUGUCUUCCCAUCCUAGUUCGGGGCAUCUGCAACACGAGGGUGCUAAUACCCGCCUCCCGAGUCAGUUUGGCAUCCAGUCACAAGGCCAUCAUUUUGGUCAUGUUCAUGACUCGUAUGUCAAUUCGACUUCAUCUGUUCAGCAGAUUUUGAUGCAACAGCAAAUCCAACAUCAGCGAUCGGCUCAUUUCGCUUCUCAAGUAUAUGACAACAAUGAACGGCUAACAAAGCCACACUCAAAUCACGAUACAAGUCCUCUCAACCAGAUGAAUCAAAUGCGCGUUCAAAUACCUACCCAUCAACAAAUUUCCCAUCCUUUGCAACCCAAUAAUCCCACUGUCACUUCAAAUCCCCGAUAUUCUCCUAUAGGUCAUCAUGGGUCGCAUCAUUCCCCACCAAUCUCGAAAGAUAGUUACAACACAUCUGCCUAUCAUUUGCAAGAUCAGUCACAUGUCCUUACUCAUACAUCUCAUUUACAGCAACCUGUAUAUCCAUAUCAUGGAGAUUCAUCUCAAAUGCAAAAUCCACAGACGACAGCCCACACAACUGAAUUGUCUAAUUCUCAGUAUACAGGACAUCACUUACCCAUGCAGUUAAACAACAGUGCUUCCGGAGAUAACGAUAUUCACCAUUCUGGUAAUCAACAUCCCCAUGUUUCUACUGGUUUCCAAGCCCCUUCAGCUCCCUAUGUACCUCCAGUUAAAAAGCGGCGGGGAAGACCCCCAACUCAUCCAGCUUUUGAUGUUGGUGCUGGAACCUUAAUUGACGAAGACGAACAUACCCUCUAUGGAGCUAUACGGUCGGGAAGAGUAGCUCCACAAACAGUUGUUGAUGAUUGGAUUGAACAAUAUAAAACAAAUCGUGAACCGGCUAUGUUGGAAUUGAUACAAUUUUUUAUUUCAUGCAGUGGUUGCAAAGGAAAAGUAACACCGGAGAUGUAUAGUCGCUUGUCACAUGCUGAUAUUAUUCGUCGAAUGACUGAAGAGUUUGAUGAAGACUCGGGUGAAUACCCACUUAUACAAUCAAGCCCAGUUUGGAAACGCUUUCGUUCAAAUUUUGUUGAAUUCAUCCAAGUGUUAAUUCGUCAGUGUCAAUAUAGCAUAAUUUACGAUCAAUGCAUGAUUGACCAAGUGAUCUCUUUAUUGACAGGUCUUACUGACUCACAAGUUCGGGCGUUUAGACAUACCAGUACAUUGGCUGCUAUGAAAAUGAUGACCGCCCUUGUUGAUGUUGCGCUAAAUGUCAGUAUCAACAGAGAUAACACACAACGUCAGUAUGAAGCUGAAAGAUCAAAAGUUCAGAACCGACGUGCUUCUGACAGACUUGAAGUGCUAAUGCAACGUCGACAAGAAUUAGAAGAGAAUAUGGAGGAAGUCAAAAAUAUGCUUGUAUACAUUUUCAAAGGUGUUUUUGUUCAUCGAUACAGAGAUAGUCAGGCAGAAAUACGAACAAUAUGCAUGCAAGAAAUUGGCGUUUGGAUGCGUCGUUAUCCAGCUAUGUUUUUAGAUGAUAGUUACUUAAAAUAUGUUGGUUGGACACUUUAUGACAGGAUUGGAGAUGUUCGUCUUCAGUGCCUUCGUGCUUUACAACCCUUGUAUGAGGAUCCUGCUCUCAUCAAUAGUUUGGAGCUUUUCACUUCACGUUUUAAAUCACGUCUUGUGGAUAUGACACUGGAUAAAGAGACUGAAGUGGCAGUUCAAGCUGUGAAACUAGUUUCGUGUAUAUUGAAACAUAGUGACUCAGUACUUGAAGACAAGGAUUGUGAAAAUAUAUAUGAGUUGGUUUAUUGCACUCACAGGCCUUUGGCACAAGCAGCUGGUGAAUUUUUAACUUUAAAACUUUUUGAAGUUGAUUCACAUGCUCCUCCCACUAGAACCAGAAAAGGUAAAAAACGUAGUGAAAAUACACCACUUAUUCGUGACCUCGUGCAAUUUUUCAUCGAGAGUGAACUACAUGAACAUGCUACUUAUUUGGUCGAUAGUUUAUGGGAUUUAUGCCCAAUGCUUCGCGAUUGGGAAGCUAUGCUAGAUUUGCUUCUUGAAGAACCAGGUAGAGGUGAGGAACCUAUGGAUGCAAAUCAAGAAACAAGUUUGAUCGAAAUUAUGGUUUGUUGUGUUCGUCAAGCAGCAACGGGGGAAUCACCAGUAGGACGACAGACUGGUGGCCAUCAUUCACAUUCCAACACCAACCUAUUGACUGGUAUGAGCUUUCCGGAAACUGGUGGACGCAGUCGAGGUGGUGCAACCACCGGCACAGGGAACAGCGCUGCACCAUCCUCUCGUGAAGCUCGUGCCCUGGCUGAAGAACGUAGUCGCAUGACAGAAGCAAUGAUAACUGCUAUACCAGCUCUGCUUGCUAAGUAUGGCGAAUCUCCUGAACGAGCUACAAACCUUCUUGCUAUUCCACGACACAUGGAAAUGGAACUCUACACUACAGGCCGACAUGAAAGACAUUUGGAUCUCCUACUACAAGCUGUUCAGGAUAUUGUUGAACGUCAUACUGAUCCUCAGACGUUAUUGGCUUGUUCGCGCGUUUACGAAUCCUUGUGUAUUGACGAAUUAAGCAUUUCUGCUAAGUGUCAAACUGUCCGUGGGACUUUAUUGGAUCGUUUGGUGGAUCUUUAUCGUGAUGCAUUCUUAAACUACUUUAACGAUCAGGGAGAGGAACCCGACCAAGAUGAUGAGUUCCACUUACUAGCUGCAUUGAAACGAAUCUAUGCGUUUUACGCUUGUCACGAUCUUUCUGGAUUGGAUCUAUGGGAUAGUCUCAUCAGGAUCGCACAAUCUGGAAAUGAUGCCAACGGUGAGAUUGUGGCUCAAGCUGUUGGCUGUUGCUCUAAAGCUCUACUGUGGAAUCUUGCUAGAAUAGGAGAGGCCGAUGUCGACAAAACGGAUUUGAACAAACUACGAAGACAGUUAAAUCUGUAUAUGGAUGUAUGUAUUGGCUACUUAGAUCAUUCAUGCAAACGGUUAGCAUCAGAAUCAUUUCUGUCCAUUUGUGAUUUGCUAGUUGUUUUUUCGCGUCAUCUUUCCGUUCAUUUGCCAAAUCUGAAAUCUAUCAUUUAUACAGCUGACAAAGAUCUAGAACUCAAGUUGACCAAUUUUCUGGAGCAACGGGUUUUUGUCGAUGAUGACGAUGAAGAGGAUGAUGAAAAUGUCAAAUUUGAAUCGCUUCACGAAAGGCGUACACAACUAGCUGCAUUUUUUAAACUAGUAAUAUAUAAUUUGAUUCCUAUACGAGCAGCUGCUCCGAUCUAUAAAUAUUAUAUUCGGUCUUUCAAUGAUUUUGGUGAUAUUAUGAAAUCCACACUAGCCAAAGCUCGUGAAAUCAAUCGCGUGCACACCGCUCGUAUGAUUGCGCAUUGUUUAGAAUUAUGUUAUCUACAAGUAGAAGCAGCUUCCAAUAAUUGUGUUGAACGUGGGUCUGAAGGUCUUCAAGCUGUAAAGGAACUUGCUAGGCGUCUGAAUCUCAGUUUCGGUCUCGACCUAAUGAAAAUACGAGAAUCUAUGGUUGCCUUCCACUCUGAAGGGAUACAAUUUUGUGUUUCCCGAGCUGCUUCCACGGCAGCUGCAACAGGUCAAGCCCCUGGUAUCCCAAGCAAUUUGCUUUUCCUUGAAGUUGUCGCUGAAUUCUCAAAUAAGCUUCUCAGACAAGACAAGAAAAGCAUAUAUGAAUAUCUCCGUCGAAUUUUCCCAAAUCCUGUCGGCAGUGAAUGGGCUAGUCUGCAUGCCUAUCGAUCAAGUCUAGAUCCUGACAACACUGAUAAUGCUCCAGGACAUGAUGGAGUUAGUCACUCUACAAAUCCUCAAGCUGUCAGCAAUUCCAAUCCUGCUCCAGUACAAGGUAAUACGGUGGUACCAACAACUGGACGUGUAGGAUAUGGAGGUAGGGGUCGUGGCAAAAGACUCCGAGAUUCUGACUCCUCUCUUCGUAAGCAAGAAAUUAUUUUAUCUUUAUUUAGUCAAAGUUUUGCCAUCUUUCUGUAGUUGUAUUAUAUAUUGAGAAACGUUUAAUUUUAUCAGUUAAGAAAACCUGCAAAUCUAGAUCCUGAGAAUUUGUAAUACAGAUAACCACUAAAAGCUUACUAAUGGUAAGAGGUUUCCAGCACAUAAACCCCUGUGUGUGGUAUCCAAGUAACUUAAUUAACAAAAAACUUUAAAAAUGUGUUUUUCCGAUAGUUAUUAAAACAUAAAUUGUCAUCUCUUCUUUAUGACUUCAUUAUGUAGGUUUCAUAGUUCAAUCAAUACUGAUCAAAUGAUUGAAUCAGUUAACUGGAUGGUUUAACAAUGAUGAAAUAAUAGGAUGUAUUCAGAUAAAUUAGUUAUAAAUGUUUAAGUAUAUAUAUCUUAAACAAAUUAAAACAAGUAAACAUAUGAUGUAAUUAAUUAAAGAUUCAGAAAUUUGUGUUAAGUAAUCAAACCAAAUUAACGGAUCACAGAUUGUAAUUGUUAAAAAUGAAGUAAGUUGUUUAGUCUUUGGAAAUACUUGGAUGAAUAACUGACAAAUCUGUUGGUGAACACUAAUCAUGUAAGUAUAGAUCUUAAUAAUCGAAAACAUAAGUUGAACUAUAUCCAGUCUAAUUUCAGGGGUCAUUUGAUAGAAUAAAUAGACUUUCCAAACAUUUUAUGGACACAUAACCCCUAGUUUUUUUUCAUUUGUAUUCUGUUGUGCACAAAAAGAUGAGAUCUUGAAUCAUGUCAGUUCUGUCCUCUUCUGUUCAUAUCUCUUUAACUAGUGUACUUUACUCGACACAGUUGAUCUUAAAAAUAAUUAGGAAUCGAUAUGUAUAUUACGACAAUUUCUGAAAUAAAUAUGCGGAGCCAUUGUUUAGUGGCUAAAAAUAGCUUUCAAAUAUCAUUUUCCAUAUUGCAAACCUACUUCAUUUGGUUAUCUUUUAAUUCCCAUUCCCUAUUACUAUCCGUUACAUAAAAUAAAAACAAGCCAAGACUAAUUUUACAAACCUAUGGUUGAUAUCAAUAUAUAUCAACUAAUAAUAAGUGUACGGAAAUCAAACUACGCAUUUGUAGCGAAGUUACUUAGUGGUCUUGAAGGACUUAAUGGGUGUUUAGUAGGCGUGAUCGAUAGGAAGAAAGACAUUUUCAGAUCGUUAGUUCAGCUAACAAAACUGAUUCGUUAUCUUCCAGUCUUCUUAACAUUGGGGUUAAUAAGUUAGAUGAAAUUCAGUGAUUUUAAAAGCCAUCAUUGUAUCGAUAUAGUACCCCCUGUUUAUUCGAUGAUUUUAUCGUUCUUAUCUGCCUGUCAUUUGAUAAACCAAGUGUAGUGAUCAGAAAUACGACUGCCUUACAGUGCCUGACUAAACAUCCACCAAACCUAAUUCUGCCAAGGCUGAUCAAGUGAGGUGAUAAAUUUCGAUUGGAUUGGUUGGGAAACAAUAAUCUCAACCCUACUGUAAUGGGCUUUUUUUAGACGUAACGACACUUUAAAACUAUUGUUACAGUCGUAAAUAUUGUUUGCAUUCUCGCUUUUGUUUGUGUGCAGUCAUUUGUUUUUCUCGAGAAAUUUGAACGAUAUACGUUGUUGCUAAAUAAACAACAUAGCUCUGUUUAUGGAACAAAAAUCUGUAACUGAGCUUUCCCUACUUCAAUUAACAAUCAAAUGUCGAGUCAUACCUUUACAUAUCGUUUUAAAAUUUUACCUGCGUAUCGCAUUUUUAUUUCCACUGUUUUUCAGUUGUCCUUUUAUGUCAUGCUAAUCUUUUCUAAUCCUUAUUUUAUAAUAUAUAGCCGACACAAAUUUAAAUCCACAGUCCACAAGUACAGCUAUCAAGAAGAAGCGCACUAAUACCGCGAGUAGUAGCAAAAAUGCAUCUGGAAAUGUUUCUAGUAUGACUGCAGUCGACCCUUCCCGACCUACAUCACCUUCAGAAAUACCCCCCAAUAAUGCAGGGUGUGCGCCUCACCAUAAUCCUUCGACAUCGAUGACAACUUUAGCUACUCCUGUUCAUUCGUCUAACCAAUAAAUUCAGAAGAAAUGAAUCUUAUGGCCGACCUGUCUGUGUGUUUUGCCGCUUCGAACUUACGCAAUUAUCUAGAAGUGUUUCGUUCAGCGAACAUCUUCAGAUGUUUAUAUCUGUAAAUAUAGACAACUGAUGCUUUAUAUAAUUAUCUCCACACAGAUUAAUCCUAACUGGCUGUAUUAUUCAACUCCUUUUCCAGAAAAUGUACAUUCUUCUUAGUUUAUCAACUUGAUUAUCACAAUUGUUCACGAACUUAGUUUUUUUUCUAUUUGUCUCUCCUUCCCAUAUAUUAAAGCGAAUUGUUUUUGUAUCAUGUGUUUUUUUAAAGCCCUCAUUUGUACUUGAUUCUCCCCAAAGUUAUUGUAUUGUAUACAGUGAUUAGCCAUUAUCAGGCUGGGAGAAUGUUGUAGCUCAUUUAUAAACAUUGUUGAAAUUGUGCAGAGCAAACUAUUUUUACACAGAGAACUUGCUUAUAUUAUUAUGUAAAUUGCCUUUUUGUAAAACUAAUCACCUUUUAUUAAAUAGUACUGCACUAUGUAGUUUUUUUUCAACUGUUUGUCCUCUUUCUUUCUUUUUCGUAUUAUUUUUUUCACGCUAACAACUUUUUCAGUUAAAUCUUCCCAACAAUAUUUACUCAAGUUCAAUAAAAAACACGAAAACACUUGUUUAUACACUAUCAUAAUACGUUUAAUAUUUGAUUUCAAUAAUUGUUAUAUGAUUAUUUGUUUUCAUUCAGAUUUCUUAUAAUCCACUUGUACAAUAUUCACUUUGUUCAUAUUAUUAUUAUUCUUUAUUGAGAUUUAGGUAGCUUCAAAUUUUGUCCAGUUUUGUUAAACUGUGCGUCUAUCUGGUAACAAAAACCUUGUACAGAACUUCUUAUUUGCAAGACGUUCAUUAUUAAUUUAUUUAAUUGUUUUCUAUUAUUACUAAGUGCCUCCUAAUUUAUUGUUCCAGUACUCUUAGUCGUUUUCCUAAAAACCCACCGUCAUCACAGCUCACUGUGUUAAAGACUGUCUUAGUUGUUUCUUAUGUUCAACCGAAUAAGUUUGUUCCUUCACCCUGUACAAGUAACAUAGUACGUAUUCCCUUUAACAUUGAAACCUAUUCAGUGAAUAAAGUAUAUAUAGAUUGCAUAGGCCAGAUUCGGAGGUACCUCAAUAUUUUGAGAUAUGUGCUAAAGAGUUUUAGUUCUUUUAGUGACCAGAAGACCAUUCUUGAUGCUCCAUUUUAUGAGAUAUCCUAAAAAGAAAGUUGCUGACUAAUGUGGUUGGCUUGGUUGUCUAAAAAUGAAUUCAAUAAGUGUCUCUAAUGUAUCGGUCUAAUUGCUAAAUGUAUGUUGACCUGAUAAAUCUAGUAAUUCAAACUAAAUUUGAACAGUCAGCAUGAAUUGACUGUAGUUUCACCAUGCUGAAAGCGCUUAAUUACAUGCGGUUAACAAGCAUAAUUAGUUGAUUAACAAAUCUAAAACAAGAUUUUUUGACACACUUAGAAAUAAGGUAGUCCAGAAGUUUCUGCAGUGCGCUAAUGAUGUGAUUUUACAUGGAUAAAGACUACACAUAACCUGAGGCCAUUCACCAAGAAAAGCAAUUGGCUCGCGUCAUUUACGGUACGAAACGUAACGAUUCACUCUUAGUAUUUACUGGUGGACACAUUGCCAUUCUCACUCAUGCUUUCAAUAGUGGGUUUCAAUGACAUCUGCUUGGUCACGACCAGAUCACGCAUAAACUCGAGGAUGAAUUAUGACAUGUUUGAAAUAGAGCUAUUCCAAAUAAAAUACUGGAUUGUACUUAGAACCAAUACGCCUAGG